GCUAGUUUCUUUGGUGUGCCCUCGGCCUUAGUCCAUGGUUACUGAUGGUGUCUAUUAUCACCACGGAUAACUUGAGCCUUUCAAAGUAUAAUGGUAUUGAUAAGUCAUUGUGAGCAUUUUGUAGGUUUUGUGUAACGAAGACGUUGGGAAUUUGUGGUGUUUAUGUUCCAGCUUUGUUUAAGGUUAAAGGUCAUUUGUUCUAAUUUGCAGUAUGUACUGCCCUUUGAAAGUACAGCAUACAAGUUUGUAAUUGUGUCACUCACAUGAAAGAGGUGGCAGUAUGGAUUUCUGAAGUUUCGAAUAUUUUUAGUAUAUUGAUACCUUGCGCCCCCCACCCCCUUUUUUGGCCCCUUUGACCGUGAACCGUGAAUGAAGUGUAAAGCAUGAAUGUAGGCAGUACACCAGCUGAGGUUCAAUGUCCUUCCUGACAUGUAUUCCCCAUUUGUAUUUUGUCACUCCAUUAAUGAACAUGCAGGACAGAGAGUUAAAGGAACAUAGAAGAAAUUUUGGAAAGAGGAUUUUGAGGCAAGAAACCCAAUCAGUGGAAAUAAGAGGCAGAAAACUACAUGGCCACAGAAUCCAUUGUGGUGUGGCUUUCUUUCUUGCCCCAAUUUAAGGAUGGAAUACAAAGAUCCCAAGCGAGAGCAUUUCAGAGCUGAGUGUACAGUUGAUGGUACUUAUGAAGAUAAUGCUCCAAGAUUUACGUUGGAGGCUAUGGCUAAUCUCCCAUUGCUCCCAGAUGAUGUUCUGCUGUGCAUUAUGAAGUAUCUGGGGCCAGUUGAACUUCAUAACUUGAGCAAGAUAACAGAGCGGUUAGGGCACCUUGCAUCUGAUAAAAGCUUAUGGAGGACUAUUGACUUCAGGCCCCACAAACUCACAAGCACUCAGCUAUUGAAGUAUGUGAAUUAUUUUAAGGAAUCCACAAAAUUUCUGGCAGUGAGAGGUUUUGCAUCUGAAGCUCCAAACCUUAAGAGGAGGGAUGGUGUCCUUACACCAAAACUGCUGGAAGAGAUAGUUAAAAAGUGCCCAGAGUUGGAAACACUGAUUCUAGAUGAAUAUUAUGGACCAGCAUGCAAGUUGAGUAUAGAACUGCUCCCUUCGACCAUUUGUCGUCUGUCUAUGAGAGAUUGCGUGAUAACAGAUUUGGAUCCUCAGAAUUCAUAUUUCCAUGAUAUGUAUGCGCAUGUACCUUAUAUAAAGGUCUUGAUACUGAGUAACUGUAAGUGGGUCUCACCUCAUGAUUUUAUGGCCAUUAGUAAGUGUCACUGGUUGGAAGAGUUGCGGAUGGAUGGUUGUCUACAGCUGGGGGAUUGUGUGGCAUAUACAAGCCUUGCUGCAAGAUGUGGUUUCCAUUCCUUGAAGAUUUUGGACCUGCGAAAUACAAGAAUGGGUGACAGUGAUGUGGCCUGUUUCAGUCUUUCACUCAGGCUGACUCAUCUGUAUCUGCAGUGUCCAUCUGUUGAUAAUGAAGUUAGUGAUGACUUACAUGGUGAUCCAAACUGUGUGGAGGGAUAUGAUUUCCUGGACUGCAAUGAUGACGAUGACACUGAUGCUCCUUCAUUAAUAGAAGACAGCUAUGGUGGUUUCUCCCCAUUAGGUCUUCCACGUCUACUUCCUCUCAGCACACUGCCAGAUCUUUCAGCAAGGUGUUCAGAGAGAACACUGCAGUCAGAUUCUAGGCGUGCAGUGGAAUCCAGAAGCAAUCCAUCUGGCCUGGCUUCACAUGACGAAAGAGAAGAGAAUGGAGAUUUCUCCUUUCCACAGGCUUCCACAUCAUAUGGAGGCACGAACACUGUGUUGAACCUGCCUGGACCAUCACACAUUGGGCCAAAAGCGGGGUCACUCAAGAAACAUCCUUUAGAGGAUUCGGAUUCAAGUAGUGAUGAAAAUUUGUUUUCAUCUGUUGCCUUUCCUAUAUCAGGUCCCGAAAUGCAUAAACAGAUACGGACAUCUGAAGAAGGUUCACAUCUACCAAUCAGUCAAGCCUCUUGUAUGAGUGCAUCUGAAGCAGGCUGCAGGGGCAAGAAGCGUCGGCACUCUUCCAGUGACCAUAGUUCUAAUGAACCAAGUACAUCCACACAUUCAUUUAUUGAAUCACCCAGUUGUUCUAUAAAUGAUGUGAAUAGAAGACUGAAAGAUGGAGAUUCGUUAUGUCAGAAGUCAAAACUUCCAGACUCUUCAACAGGUAGUACACAAGCAGUAAAUUGCAGACAGGCGAGUGAUGUGUCCAAAACAAAUAGCAGUGAGCAAGGAAGAAGUUUGAGAGCAGAUGAUAGUUUAUGUGGAAGUUUGUUUUAUUGCCCUUUUCAUGACUCCAAUGCUGAAUCAUUAAUUUCAGACGUGUGUACCAUGGCAUUUGUCUUGAAGGAGCAGCAUGGAAGUGACGGAUCAGGGUAUGUAAGGAUUGUAUCACCGCAGGCAGUAAGUGCCAGACCUCAACUCCACACACUUGUUGUAAAGAACUACAGAAAGAUUACUGAUAAUAGCCUGAGAUGCCUGCUUAGGCUUAAUAGCUUACGUUAUUUGGAUAUAUCAGGGACUUCGGUGACCCAGAGGGGUGUCUUGGAGUUCCAGUUGAAGCGACCUGAUGUUGAAGUUAUAUCUGAUUACAGGGACCUCCCUAUUUAAUCAUGUGUUGUUGGAAUUUAUAUUUAAAGUUACACAGUUUGUCUUAUUUCCCCCGAUACAAGCCUCAUUUUAGCCAUUUCAUGUUCUUUUGGUUCAGAUUCUUGGUCUGCUCCCUCAGAGAAACAUUAAAUAGGGAUUUCGCUAUGUGGUGUACUUUUGAUUUGUGAAAGGAGAAUCUACUGCAUUUAUGUAUCAAACUGAGAUAGAAGUAAGUAUCUGAAACAUUCUGAAUUUAUUAUACUUUUCAGAAGUUGCCUGUGUCAGAACAGUAUUCAUGAGUUAGUAUUUGAAAGUUGUUUUACGCUGCAGCUGAAAUGAUGCCCGCCUGCAGGAAGUAACAAACAAUUGUGCCUCUUGGAUCCACUUAAUGUCUUCUUCUGAGUUACCACAUGUGUUAUCAGACUGGUUUGAUUUUAGAAUGGAAAUCUAAUGCACUCCCCAUUUAUAACAGAAGUUAGUAUGUCUGCAGUUGUGCUAUCAGCGUUAUAUUUUCUGUAUUGCCUUGAGCUCUGCAUUUUCUGCUUUUCUGUUAGGAAUUCUAAUGCAAUAAAUUUCUCCAGAGAAUCGUGUUUUGAAAUUACGAUUUCUUGGUGGUUUUAUUUCGAAAUAGGCCUAUGCAUAAAAAUGACCUCUGAAGAUAUUUGUAAUGAAAGAAAUAUAAAAAGUAUGUAAAAGUU